UUGCACUGUGAGGACCAAAAGUGCCAAGUGGGGGGAAAAGCAAGGGAAGAAAGCAGAAAAGAAAAUGAAAUUAAAGUGGAUUUGUGCUACAAUAUGCCUGGCUGUGGAAUUCCAACUUUCAGAUGCUGACAGUAUGACCCUGAAUGACCCUAAGCUAUGUUACAUUCUCGAUGGAAUUCUAUUUGUGUAUGGAAUCAUAAUCACUGCGCUCUACCUUAAACUAAGGCUGACCAAGGCAAAAGGCAAAUUAGAAGAUGCUCCUAUGAUCCAGCCAAAUAUGGAAAGCGCAUAUGAACGCUUGCAAAAGAAGAAUCAGGAUGCCUAUUCAGACCUCAGGUUCAAACGACAGCAUGAUGCAGAGGCCGGAAGUGGACCAAAGCGGAAUGAAAGAAGUAAUGCUGCAGCUACUAGUGACACCUAUUCUAAACUGAAUCCCAAGAACAGAAGUGAACCAUAUGGUGAACUCAAACCAACCCAACAGAAACGAAGAGGCAAAGGAGGAAAUGACAUUUAUCAGGGACUGACUGCAGCAACACAAGACCCAUAUGAUCAGCUGCAAAUGCAGCCAUUAUCAGCUGCGCCUCCACCUCCUCGUCGCUGAAAAUCUGGAACUGAUAAUGUAAGAUCAAGACAACCAACAGUGAUAACCUUUCAGGAUUAACUCAAUUUCAUCAACAUAAACAAUAAUGCUAAAUUGAAAAUUGUUCCCACAAUAUUUACUUCCAAAUAUUUAAACUCACAUGAAUAUGCAUUAUUGAAAUAUGUGAAACUGUUCUACUGAAAUGGUGCCAACUUGUUUACUAGCCUUUAAAGAAUACCACCAAUUUGAUAUAAUCUACAGUUGAUUAGAGAAAUGUAGGUUACUUAAUGUUUAAAAAUAUUUUUUUAUUAAAUCAACAUGAAAGCUGUAGAUUAAGAAUAUAUUACAUCUAAGUGGGCAAUAAGGCAUUUAGUAAGUAGCUUCAAAUGGAAAUAGUGUGCAUAGAAAUUGAAUUAGGGCAUUUUUUUAAAAAUGAGUUUUAAAAGGCAAUUAUGUGGAUAAGGAAUUAUGUAAAUAAUAUUGCAAAGAGGCAUUUUUUAAAAAUAAACAUUUUUCUAAUGAAUAAGGGGUAUCAUUUAUCUCUGUAGAAUAGCAUGAGUUUCAGGAAUACUACAAAAUGUUUUUUUUUUAAGCAAACUGCUGCACAUUAAAAGUUUUACCAAGCAGAAAUCAAUUUUAGUUAACAUUCUAUUGUAAGAAAUAGAAUUUGGGGGGUGAAACUAUUGAUUGAUUUACACAUUUAAAUCCCAAGAGUAUAUAAUAGAUCACCAUUAUUUGGUGCUGGGCAGAAGUUACUUCAAUGCUGAUCAUUAAAUUUCCACCAAGAUUAAAAGUCUAUUUUAAUUCCCACUUUUAUAUAACAUUUUUUGUGUGUGAAUUAGGCAAAUAAACUAACAAUCACUCUUGAUAAAUGUAUUUAUUUAAAAUAACAAAGGGUGAUUAGAAAGGCAUUAAUUUAUAAUCUAAGUACUUUUAAAAGUUAGAUUAUUUAUGUGCCUUUUUAUCAUGUCAGUAUUUUCUACUAAUCCUGGAUCUAUGAGUGAAUUUUGUACAGUUGUUAUCUAUGCAUUCAAUACAAGUACAGUAUAUAUACAUAGGAUUAAAAGAAAACAGAAUGGCUUGUUUGCUUGUGCUUCCACAUUUAAACAAGUUGCUAUGAUCUGGAGUGCAUUGCUUGAAAUGAUGGUGGAAAUUAAAUUAAUUCAACAUUGACAAGAAAUAACUACUUCUAGAAGAAUGCAGCAAGAUGUUUCAGAGACCUGGUCCUUUUGGUUUCUUUGUAUAUUGUCAUAUUCUAUAAAUAUAAUGAUCAUCAAGGAUAAAAUUACACCAAAUCAAAUUUUGUUUUUAAAUGGUUUGUACUUUAGCAAUUAAAAAGUAAAUGAUAACGAUAGCUGUUACCACUUACCUUAAUGCCAGUAAAAGGCAUUUACUUUUGUAAAUCAGGUUCCCUGUGUCAACAAUCAUUGCUGAAGUAAUCAGACCAUGAUCAUCAUAAUAUUAGCAUAUUUGGACCAAAGAGAAGUUAUAAGCAGAUUCCUAAAUAAAGUUAAAACACACUAUUUUUAAAAAACCAGUCCAUUCAUUACAAACCAAACAAGCACUCCAGAAUGCAGUCCUGACCAAUUUGGAGAUACAUAAUUUUCUUUGAAAAUAUUGUUAAGCAUUGUUUAGUUUUACAUAUUUGUAUGUAUUUAAGCUGUUUUGUGUAACACCUGUCAACAUUUCUGUAUUAAAAAUAGACAGACCUGAAUGUUUACAUUCUUUUAAAGUGCACUUAGAGAACCUCUAUAAGCAACAAACUAGUUUUUGCAAUUAAUUGACAUAAUCAUAUAAAAAUUCAAGAACAAUUUAAUGUUAAUAUUUUUAGACUGUUUGAGGCAGCUCAGCUGCCUGGUACAAUUAAAGUUAAGUUCACUUUGCCAUCUGGCCUUUUCAGGGGUACCCUAAUAAAGAGGUACUGGAAAUAGAGUGGGCUACUGCUCAAAAUGAAUUAUCUUCAUACAAUGAGAUAUUAGCAUUAACCUUUUUGUGUCAAAAAAAGGUAAAAUUGUUAGCAUUUUGCAACUGCAAUAUUAAAUUCAUGCUAAUAAUUCAACAAAUCACCGCAAAGUACAGAAGUAUUCACCAAUAUUCAAUCAUGUUUGAUGGCGAACAAAAUAAUAUUCUACUAGAUGAACUAGAUACAAGUUAGCUGUUUGGAGAAGGCACCCUAUGUUCCAAGAAUAUUUCACUGUAUGUUUCAACGUGCAUGUAACUAAUAAAGCUAAUCUUUACUUAAUAGUAGCAUGAUCUAAAUAUACAAAAUAUUGCUUACAACCAAUUGCAUUUAACUACUUGCAGUGCCAAACUUUUAGAGAACCAUGCAGUUUUUCAGAACACUGGAAUCAUACCUAUAAUUCAGCAGACUUUACAGCCAAGUUUCAAUGUAGAAUUUGCAUCUUAACCACAUUCACAUCUUCUGAAGAUUUCUACUUAAAACAGUCACGUUUGCUUACCUGUUCUUUGAGAAAUACAUCAAUAUCAAGACACUGUGCAUGUGCUUGAGUAUUCAUUAUGAAGUGAUAAUUAGACACCAUGAUAAUUAUCACAAAUCAUCUACAUGAUACAUGCAGUAUCCAAUCAACCAUUUAGUUUAAUAAUUGGGAUUAGAUAUUGGUCAAUUGUUUUACAAUAAUAUACAGUGAAAAUAUAACUGAUUAACCACCAAAAUGUUCAUGUACUCAACCGUUAUCUACUUCAAAAGAAUAAACUGUACAAAGGUAAAUAGAAAAUAACUAGGUUUUCCCAAAGGUAUUUUAAGUCAGAUUUUUAAUGAACCAAGACUCCAUUACAAAAAUGAUUACAAAAUGAUUAGAUAAAAUGACCACAUUACAAUACAAAAAAACUAGCUGAAAUGGAAUUUUUUUUUUAAACCGCAGUUGUUGAGAACCACUUUACCUGCAAUGAGUACUACAGACAAGAAAUGGUUUUGAAAAAGAAAUUUUAAAACUUGAGUACCUUAAUGCAGACACAGCAAUAUUGUUAAAUGUGUAUUUCUAAUACAACUGAGCAAAUCUUAAUUAUCAAGAAUAUUUAUCGCUGUGUAGCUGGUUUCAUAAUAAAUUAGAAAAAUAGGACUUAGUUUGUAUAGAUAUUUUUAAAUUAAAGGGGUGGGAAAUAAAUUAACACUUAAAGCACAAAUAUAUAUCCAAUGUACAGCAGACCAGCAUUUUAGUCAUUUAACGAUUCUAAACCAGGAAGCAUCAUGCAAAAUUAUGUGUAAUCACCUAAAUCAAAUUUUCUUUGAAAGUUUAAAUUCAAGAAAUGCAGUUGUCACAUCUUGAUUGCAACCUACUGAAAAAUUGUUUAUAGUUGCCACCUGACAAUUUAAAAUAGUUUAAAUUCUGGCUUUUGUCAAAGAUCAUGAUACAAGUAGCUAGUCCCUGUUCUACCUAUAUAUUAACUUAUGAUUUAUCUAUUUAUGCACAUUUGAUGAACCAGUUUCCUAAAUAAAGGAAGCUUAAGUAUUUGAUUUUAGGGAAUCAAGUUCACUCUCGAUCUGCAUAUAUUUGGUUUAUU